GAAAAGCACAACUCAUACAUCCCAUAAAUUUCACACCCCUUACUCUUUCCUCGUCCCCUCUUUCUCUCCUUCUCCUUUUAGACCAAGCCACCACCUUUUUCAUCCUUCAUAUUCUAACUCACAAGUUUCAUUCAAAAACAAUUAGUGAUCUCAAUCCUUCACCCUUUUAUAUAUUAUCAUCAUAACAAAACCUAGCUUCCUAGUUCCAACCAUAUAACUAUCUUAUAUCUUAUCUUAUAUAUUAUACCAACAAAACACUUUGUUUCUUCAUCACCCUAAGUUUCCUACCUCUUAGUCUUCUCCAUAUAUCAUCCUUCUCUCAAUCCAAAUGAAUACCACCCUUAACCCUUGAAAGUUCAAACUCACUCACUCUUAAUUUCUAGCUUCUUCUUCUCCUCUCUCUCUCUCUCUCUCUCUCUCUCACUCUCUCUCUCUCCCUCCCUCUCUAUCUACUAACCUUUAAGAAGUACAUAAUUCCUAAAGAUGAGAACGGGAAACUGUUCUUUGCAACAAGGCCUAACAACAGAAGCUGCAAACAUAAUAAAGCAAGCAAUAACCCUAGCAAAGCGUCGUGGCCAUGCUCAAGUAACACCACUUCAUGUUGCAAAUACGAUGCUUAGUGUUACCAAUGGAUUAUUAAGAACAGCUUGUCUUCAAUCUCACUCUCACCCUCUUCAAUGCAAGGCUUUAGAGCUUUGCUUCAAUGUCGCACUCAAUCGUUUGCCAGCGACGACUUGUAAUAGCCCUAUGUUGGGUUCUCAUCAUUCUCAAUCUCAGUCUCAGUAUCCUUCUAUCUCAAAUGCUUUAGUUGCCGCUUUUAAGCGCGCUCAAGCUCAUCAACGUCGUGGAUCGAUUGAGAAUCAACAACAACCGCUUUUGACGGUGAAGAUUGAGCUUGAACAACUCAUCAUUUCAAUUUUAGAUGAUCCUAGUGUUAGUAGGGUUAUGAGAGAAGCAGGGUUUAAUAGUACUCAAGUGAAAACCAAUGUUGAACAAGCUGUUUCUUUGGAAAAUCCUUCUUCUAUGAGUGGAAAAUCAAAGGAAAACAAUAAUCAAACUCUUUCUUCUCAUUCUCAAGAGAUAGUUUCCAACAAAACAUUGGUAUUGGAUCCAAUUAGGGUUGAUGAUAUCAAUAGUGUUCUUGAUAAUUUAAAGAUGAAUCAAAGAAAGAGUAUUGUUGUUGUUGGAGAAUGUUUAGCUACUCUUGAAGGUGUAGUUAAAGGAGUAAUGGAAAAGUUUGAUAAAGGAGAUGUUGAUGAGUCUCUUAAAGGUGUUAAGAUUAUUUCUCUUUCUCUUUCUGAUUUUGGUAAUCUUUCAAGGGUAGAAAUUGAGGAAAAAGUUGAAGAGCUUAAGGGACUUGCAAAAAAGAAUUUUAAUGGAAAAGGGUAUGUUUUGUAUCUUGGAGAUCUAAAAUGGUUGUUUGAUUAUAAGAAGAAACAAGGGAUGAUUAGAGGCUAUUAUUGUCCCUUAGAUCACAUGAUAAUGGAGAUUGGAAAAUUGGUUAAUGGUGUUGAAAAAAGUGGAAAGUUUUGGUUGAUGUGUAUUGCUACUUUUCAAGGUUACAUGAGAUGUAAAAAUGGAAAUCCAUCACUUGAAACUAUUUGGAAUCUUUAUCCUAUCACUAUACCUGCUGGAAGCUUGAGAUUGAGUCUCAUCACUGAAAGUGGUUUAGAAAAUGAGUCAACAAAUGAGAAAGCUGAGAAUAGAACAAGCUGGUUAUUGCAUGAAGGAGUAGGAGAAGAUCAAAUGAUUCAAAAGCAACAACAAGCUUGUAACAGUGAUUCAUCAAGUUCAAGUCUUCCUGCAUGGCUACAACAAUACAAAAAUGAAAAUAAAGGAAUUUCUUACAAUGAUCAGAAUGUACAAGUAGGAGAGCUUUGCAAAAAGUGGAACUCUAUGUGUGGUUCAAUCCAAAAACAACCCUAUCAUUGUGAUGAUAAAAUUCUCACAUUAUCUUCAGUAUCACCUUCUUCAUCUACAUCAGGUUUCUCCUAUGAGCAGCAACAACAUCCUAACAAUGUGUCACAAAGCGACCACGACCGCCAUUUUUGGACCUCUCAAAGUGGAACCAAGUCAAAUGAACCUUCAAACCCUAAUUCAACCAUUUCUAGUGACCUUGUGGAAAUGGAGCAACUAAACAAUUUCAAAGAACUAAAUUUAGAGAACAUGAGAACUCUAUGCAAUGCUUUGGAGAAAAAAGUUCCAUGGCAAAAAGAUAUAAUACCGGAAAUCGCAAGCACAGUUUUGCAAUGCCGAUCCGGAUUGGUAAAAAGAAAAGGGAAAAACAAUGACCAUGAUGCUAAAGAAGAAACAUGGUUAUUUUUCCAAGGUGUUGAUUUGGAAGCUAAAGAGAAAAUAGCAAAAGAAUUGGCUAAGCUUGUUUUUGGGUCCUACAAUAAUUUCAUUUCAAUAUCACUUAGUAGUUUUUCUUCAACAAGAGCUGAUUCAAGUGAGGAAAGUAGAAACAAAAGAACAAGAGAUGAAGCAAGUUGUACUUAUAUUGAAAGAUUUGGUGAUGCAAUGUCAAGUAAUCCUCAUAGGGUUUUUCUAGUUGAAGAUAUAGAGCAAGUUGAUUAUUUUUCACAACUUGGUUUCAAAAGGGCUAUUGAGAAAGGAAAAGUUUUGGAUUCAAAUGGUGAAGAGGUUUGUUUUUGUGAUGCUAUUAUUAUUCUAAGCUGUGAAAAUUUUAGUUCAAGAUCAAGAGUUUGUUCUCCUAAACAAAGAUCAUCUCAAGAAGACAAAGAUGAUGAUAUUAAUGUUGCUACUUUGGAAGAGACAAGUUCUUAUGUUUCUUUGGAUUUGAAUAUUUCUAUUGAUGAGGAUUACAAUGAGGAUGAUAAAUUGGUUGAUGAAAUUGGGCUACUUGAAUCCGUAGACAGAAAGAUUCUCUUCAAAAUUCAAGAAUUAUGAAGAAAAUUUCUUGAACACAGCCUUUUUUUAUUUUUUCUUUUUCUUCUAGCUAGGUAUUUCUUAUUUCCUAUGUUCUUCAUCACGUAUUUGUAUUUCUUAGGUAUUAAUUUCGUUCCCCUUAAUUUUAUUAUGUAACUACUUGUAUAUUAGAAGGUAUAUCAACUAUUCAGUUUUUUUAGCA